CCAAAGUUCAGUUCAGACAUGGGUUCGUCACCGUCGUACCGGCUGGUGGUUGCCCAUGGGCGAGGGCGACGACGUUCUUAUGGGCUUCCGCACCGUCGCCCGGGUCGAAAGGCCCAGUCAGCGCCGGGGGUCGACAAGGCCCAGAUCGGUCCACCUCACCUGCAUCUGCCUCCUCGACCCUGCCGCCGCGCCGCGAUUGGAGCACCACUCCGGCCGGAGUCGCCGCUCUCCAACUCACCGUCCGCGCUGCCGACCCAGUGCGCGUUCCAGGACAACCAAUCAUCCCCAUGUGACGUGACAAAUUCCGUCUUUAUCGAUUUACCGCCCUCAACAUUAUUUCAGGAUAAGGUACUGCAGCAAGAAUCCAUGGCAUGGGGAGGUCUCUUCUUGAGCUUCGGCCGGCCCUCACAGGAGCAGCAGAAGUCCUGCCUUGCGGUUGCUGGUGGCUUCAACUACGACGCAGCUCUCCAGGGGGCCUCACGCCCAAUAUCAGCAGCUGCCACCUUAACGUCCCAAGCUGCUGAAACAAGUGACAAAGCACUCGCCAAGCGUGGCUUCUUUGUGAACCGCUCACGUGUUCUGAUCGGCUCCGGCUCUGACACCUUCCUCCACGCCAAGUCUGCCCUCCUCUCCUGGGGGCACUUGGCGCUAGGUUGGGCAACUGUGCAACCGGACACACCGGUAAAGGUUGGGACAAGGUUCUGCAUCUGUUAUAAGGAGCUGAUCCCCUGGGUCAUGCUGCCACUCCAGAUCGCCUAUGUGAAGGAUGGCAACGCCAAGGGCGGCAUGUUUGCGUUCGGCAGCGGCACUCUACAAGGCCAUCUGCUGGCUGGAGAGGAGCGGUUCUCGGUGCAGCUGGACGAAGAAGAUCGAGUGUGGUAUGAGGUGUUCUCCUUCUCCAAGCCGGCGCACAUCCUGUCAGCUCUGUGCUACCCGUAUGUGCAGUUGAGGCAGAAGCAUUUCGCGCGGCAGUCAGGGGAGGCGCUCCUCAGGCAUGUGGCUGCUGCUACUGUUGCUACAAGAUCGCAGCAAAUGUAGAUGUAGAUGUGUAGUGAUGCUGCUUUGCUUAGUACCUGGUGCCUGGGCAAACUUGUACGUCUCCCAUUCUCCCUGCAUGGAUAAAAAAUUUCUCCCUUCACAGAUAAUAGUCAAGCCGCUAAGCAGGUUUAGUUUUCCAUUUUUUAUGUAUAGAAAUGCCUCUCCUUUCUUUAUUUAUAGAAGUGAUGAUAAUAAUAAUAAUGAUAUCUACCCGAA